AUGACAACUAUUUUGUUCACUGGAUUGGUUGUAAAUUUAAUUUCUCUACUGAUAACAAUCCCUGGAUGCACGUUCAUAUUAGUUGUCAAUAUUCUGGACUGGAUGAAGAACAAAAGGCUGGAUAUAAGUGAUCAACUCAUCUCUGGGAUUACUCUAUGUAUCCUUGUUCACAGGCUGCAACAUACAAUCUUCCGCAGCAUGGAAUUCGUAUAUGACUAUUAUAAAAUUAUAAAAUAUAUGCAACUUUCCUAUUUUUCUCUAAUACUCUGCACUUUGCUGUUCUCCACAUGGCUCGCCAUUCAUUUCUGCCUGAAGAUUGUGAACAUCAACAACAAAGUCUACAUUUACAUUCAGCGCAGGUUCUCCAAGAUGUUCCCAUGGAUCCUCCUUCCAUCCAUCUUUGCUUCAGUUACUCUAAGUGCUCCUGCUGCCCUGAGAUUGACACGAGAACAAGUUCUAAACUCUACCCAGACUGCACAGAAUCUAGGCCAUAUAUUCCUAGAAUUUCUUCCUUAUCUUGUGUUUUCGUUUUUGUGUUUUUUACUGUUUUUCAGUUCGGCUCUGAAUAUAAUUUUAUCUCUGCAAAGACAUAUUAAACACAUAAAUGAUAACACCAUAGCAUUAGGAUCUGAGAUAGUAAAAGCUCAUGUCACUGCCGUGAGGACAGUUGUCUCCUUACUUACUUUUAAUCUCUUCUAUUUUGCUUUACUGCUCAUUUCAAUCGUAGCAUUUUUCUAUCAAUUUAAGACAAGAUUUAUCUCUUACUUUUAUGCAUUAUGUCAUAUUUGUGGCGUACCGAUAUUAAUACAAGGAAGCAGCAAGCUACGGAAAAAGUUACAUGCUGUUUGGAUCUGUUUUUCUUCCUUAGACAAGACUUAG